AUUUACUCCACUGACUCAGCCUUAAAGAACUGACCGCGGCAAAUAAAAAAAAUGUUAACAAGUUAAAGACAAGAAAAUCUACGAUAACCCCUCUCCAGGAAACAAAACUCCGUACACUUUCUCGAUCUCAAUAUAUCGUCCCCAAAAUACCUAUUAGACUUAAGUCCAUCUUUCUCAUUCAACCACCGUACACAAGUAGAUCAAAGUCAUGGGCUGGUUUUGGGCAGACACUCCGCAGACCUUACGGCAUCCUAACAAGAAUGCAUCGCGAUCGCCCCCGGCUGGAUGUCCGAUGCAUAAACAUCAAAAGUCUGCCGACGCGAUAAACUCUUCAAGCUCAUGCCCUGUGAAACAUUCCCGGGCCGACCAUGAACCUCCUGCUUUUGAAUCUCCUUUCGAAUCUCGCGAAUCUCGCUCCUAUGUGAAGGGACAUAAGGAACAUAAGGAGUUUGUAGAACCUGGGAAAGAAGCCAAGAAGUGCGACAAGAAAGGAGGAAACAAGAAAGGAGAAAGCGACUCGCAAUCUGCUUUUUCGAAACUAAAUCCUCUGAACUACAUGUUCCGCGAAUUGUCACAAGAGCCUGCUCCUAACCAGACCUACUCUCUUCCUACUUCGCGAGAACCAUCAUCCAUUCCCAGAGGUGAUGGUGACGGCAAUUGGGAAUAUCCCUCCCCGCAACAAAUGUACAACGCUCUCCUGCGCAAGGGCUACACAGACACAGACGUCACCGCAGUCGACAGCAUGGUGAGCGUUCACAACUUCUUGAAUGAAGGUGCUUGGUCCGAGAUUAUGGACUGGGAGAAGCGAUUUUCCGGUGGCCUCUACAAAGGCUGGCGCAUGUGUAGUCGCGGUGAGCAGAACUUUGAAAAGAUGGCGAAGAAAUAUGGUUAUGACAAGGAGGUAAAAGAGCUGAGCCCAAGUUUGGUCCGAUUCCAAGGUCGGCCGCAGGACAUGACACCCAAAGCAGCUAUGUUCCAAGUUAUGGGCUGGCUGUAUCCCGGGGCCUUCGCUACCGAGCCACCUUUUGAUCGACACGACUGGUAUGUAUCCCGGGAUGUUAAUGGUCAACGAAAGGAAAUCCGAUACGUUAUCGAUUACUAUUCCGGACCACCCGAACCCACUGGAGAGCCAGUAUUCUUCCUCGACGUUCGACCGGCCUUCACGCCAACCGGCGCUGCUGAGAGGGCGCUGCGAUGGGGAUGCGACGUAUGGUGGAGAGCGAUAGGCGGCGACGUGCGCGAGCGCGAGAAACAUAACAGGCCCAAGUGAUGCGACAAAUAUACCGACAACCACAGCUACAAAUAAAACACAUCAAUUGAAACCGGAGUUUGGAUUUGCAUUGCAGGGUGCAUUGUAAAGGGGGUUGGGCAUGCUGCGACAUCUUGCGAUGCAUCACGAUCCCUCGGAUUCACGAAGUACCUUUGCUUUUCUGUACCAUACUAGUCUACAGACUCUAUCAUCUCCUCUUCGCAGGAAAGAGUGCCAUGAACCAUGUGUCUAGACCACACUAUGAGUCUCCAGCAAAAGAUCCGCCGGUCCAUCGAUCGGUACAUAGAC